AUGGCGACCAGAAACGUCUCAGCAUCUAGCACCACAAGUCUGGAAAGUACUGGCAAUUUCAUUGCAUUCAAGGAAGAGCCCAAUAAUUCUCUGGACAUCAGUCUGGAUCAAGUACUAAAAUAUGCAAUCAAAGUGAUAUUACUAGAGUACAUCAAUGAACCCCGGUUCAGGCAAACAGACGUUAGAACAAAGGGUCCUGCGACAAAUAGUAGGCCACAAGCGCGAACAAGAGAAGUAACCGAACAAAAGCGUGCCAAGCGCAGGUCCUGGUUGUUUUCGGAUGAUUCGGGAAAGAAAAGUGAGUCAAGCGAAGGCAAACAAUUACACAAAUUAGUGCCAGUGCUGGAAAACUACUUAAAAAUGGUCGCGGUAGACAAGAUCAAGGUAAAAGAGGCAUCUUUUCGCCGGAGCCUUCUCAAGUUUUACAACGACAGCUUCUUAGAUCCUAAGGCAUCAAAACAGCUUUCAUCGACCAACAGACCCGAGGAACUUAUCAUGUUAUUUACCAAAGCUGCCCAGGGCGAAAUUACCAAGGUAUACCAAGAAGCCAAUGGCAAACAAGAGCUUUACAGACAAAUCUGCAGUUUCAUUGAUAUGAUCACUCGAUUGGUUAUAGGUUAUGACUCUCCUGCGUCAAAGUUGGCACUUCGACUUAAUGAAUACAAGGGAUCGUUCAGCAGGUCUGGGGAUUCUACAACUGCUCUUUCACCAGUUUCAAGUCUUUCGUCUGGUUUAAUAUCGACAGAGCCAUCAAUCAAGCCCACAUUCAAAAUCACGGAUAUCAAGCAUUCUGAGUAUCUUAUGGAACUCUUUGAUAUUUCUGAGAUUGACUUUCAGCAAACACUAAUCAAGCAUGUGAGCGAUACUAACAAUAAUGGUUUCAGCCAAUCACUACAAGUGCUGAAAAAGAGAGUUGUGCAGCAAACGAAUUCCGAUCCAAGCCUUUCAUUUUCAAAAUCUGACAACUUCGAGAGCUGGCUAAAACAAGAAACAAAAGAACUGGACGUACUCAUAGCCAAAUUUAGUGCAGGAGUACCGAAGUCUUCAAAUUCUUCUUCCAAAAAUUUUAAUGAGCUUGCUAAUUACAUUCCCGAAAACCCAAGAGAUGUUUACAUUCAACUCACGCGAUUGAUCUUUAGCAAAGAGUUUUGCGCAACCUCGAAUAAGCUAGUCCUAUCUCAAGAAGCUUGGUUUUUCCUUAAUAAAUGCGCAGCAUACUGGAGAGUAAAUUCGCCAUGUUCUAAAGCAACUAUGCUGUACGCAGCAGCGAAUGCUGGACCGCUGGGCGGUGACUGCCUAAAUACUCAAGCAUUUGAAGAUCUGUUCAGUUUGAUAUCAACAAAGAUUUUCAAUUCAGAGGAGCUUUUUCGAGACCGCAGCUCUUGGCAUAUUAUUGAUCAAAAAGAGUGGUCGAAAAACCUGACUUUCAGCUUAGAACAAACUUUGAACUUGACGCAGCAGCUACUCUCUGAAUUACAUCAAAAACCAAGACCCAAAUUCUCACCUGUUUUGAACGUCUACUACGGCUUCAUUUUGCCUGACCUCGAAGCUUCAAACCAUGAAUUAACCAAGUCUGAUCUGUAUCGUAGACACAUCAAAAGACUUAGGCGUGUUUUGUUUAGAGCAAGCGAGCAGUUCUACGUUAGCCUUGUCAAUGAGCUACCAAGAGAUAAAGCCCUUGAUAUCCACGACAUCAAAUGCGUUGCCGAUCGUAUUUUGUCGGAGAUCCAGACCAUUCAAAAAAAGUAUACAAAACCUCUACUUGGUGAGCUUAAUAUUGCAGUUGAGUGUGCGAAAAUUCUUGUAGAAGCUUUUGGAGUAGAUUGCUCUGCGAUGCUGGCUCAAGUUGAAAAAGGAGGUAAAAUUCCUUUCUACGAUGGCGCAGAAACCUACAAGUCGCUAAGAGAAUUACGGGACGUCUACCUUCAGGUCCAGCCAGCCAAAAAGUAUCCUUUCAAUUUGGAAAAGUACUUUCUGAAGUAUCUCUCGGAGUUAUGUGAUGAAGCAUGUGCAAGCACAAUAAAAGUGAUAAGUACUGCUAUAAAGAAGGAGACUUGGGAUCCGAUUGACACAUCUGAAAGCUACAGUACUUCUGUCAUUGAUAUUUUCAAAAUGAUAAACGAAUCAAUUGACUUGUUUGUCAAGUUGGAGUGGGGAAGUCAAUACCAAAUUCAUAAGAUAUACACUUUCCUCCUCAAAUCUGUCGCUGAUGGCUUAAGCUUUUAUGCCAACACAAUAACGGAUAUAAUUAAAACUGAUAUCAACACAACGCUGGAAGAGAGCGAAACGUUUGAGGAUAAUGAGGAGCUUCCAAAGGGAUUCAACGUUAUUUCUCAAACUGCGACGGCGAAAAUGAAAACCUCAUGGAUUUAUACUGAAAUGAAAAAUGCUUUGAAAUCUAAUCAUGUGUCUAUACCGAAACCUUUUGAGUUCCAAAGCAGAACGUGUACCUGUCUGAACAAUCUCAAUCAGAUGAUGCAGCUGAUCAACAAUUUGGAAGAAAGAAUAAAUCCAGACGAGAUCUCAAAGUCAGUUCAUGCCCACGAGCAAGUCGAUAUGAAGCGAAAAUCGAUGACUGAAAAGCAAAACCGUGGUUUGAGACACUUGUACUCUAUAAAGAUAGUACGCGCUGAAAACCUCAGUUCGUCAGCGCAUGAAGCUAAUGCUUUGACUGCAAUAAGUAUCGUUGAUACGAAACUAAAACGAGAGGUUGCAAAGACCCGCGAAGUUUUGAAAUCUGGGCGUCCGGUUUGGAAUGAGGAGUUUGAGUUCGACGUUGCAAUAAAUGACCAACGCUUGAUCAGUUUCAUACUCUGGAAUCAUAAGGAAAAGUUUAACUCAGCUUCUUCGAAAGUAUGCGGCAGAGCUUUCCUAUGUCUGGACUCCAACAAAUUCAGAGAUGACGGCUACCCCGAGCAAGUUUGUCUUAACUUGGAUACUCGCGGUAAAAUCAUAGUUCAGAUUGCGGUCGAAACCGAAAGACUAGACGCACUAUUCUCUAUGGGACGUGCGUUUCGUUCGUUAAAUCGCGCCCGAGAUCGAUCGAUUGAGUUAAUGGUGAGUAAGUUUCAGGUGUUUGUACACUUUUCAUUCUCGAGAACAACUUUAAAAACGGUGUGCGGUCCCACUGGGUUAGUGAAGGCUACCAAUUCUGUCGUUUACGAUUCAUUGGUACCAUUGUUUGAUUAUUUGAACGCUAACUUGAGUAUCUUGGCGUCUCAUCUAUCCCGCGACUUGCUACUUAAGAUUAUGCUCGAAGCGUGGGAAGAAAUACUGAGCCGAGCAGACGACCUGCUGCUACCGUUCUUAUCUGAUGCCGAAGGAUUACAAUACCGCAAUUCCAAGGCCAAAUCUAUAUGGGAAAAUGCAGUAGACGCAGCAAAGCAUGGAAUCAAUUCACCAAGCAGUUCAGAUAGACAUCUGACCCAGGUGGAGAUUGAUACAAUUUUCGAAUGGCUCGGAGCUUUGUGUGUAGACUUCUUUCAUAACAACGGGGAAGGACCAGCCAUGAGCGAGCUCAAGAACGCCCAUUACCAAGCUCUCUUACUGAUACCGGUAUACUAUGACAGGUCUCCUUUGCAGCUGAAGAAAGAAUUGGAAGGUCUUAAUCAAGAAUAUCGUAAAUUGUUGUUCGAAGCCAAUGACAUCGAAGUACGGGACCAGAAACAUGCUAGAUACUUGGGAAAACGAGCCAAAAGUGUUGCCCGCCGCAAAACUGUUCUUGCCAAUGCGUCGCGCAAGCGGAGAGUUGAGCUCGACAAAGAAAUUAGAGCUGCGGAGAACAAUCCAUUGGAAACCAACAUUGCAACCCAGGAUAUUCUUCUAAGAAUCUUAAUUGCCAAGGGUGAAGCAGAUUACGUCAUGGGAAGCUUAGAGUUUCGCGAUAGCUUGACCAAGGCCCUAUUUACCGAGAAAAUUGUUAAAGCCGCGCGCUCCAGUCAUCACUAG